AUGAUGAUGCUGCCUACCUCUCUUAUCCUCAUCUUAGCCGCCACUAUCUUGGCAUGCGAUAUUCCUACAAGCCCACUCUCUAACAAUAUUGCCGAGAGCUUCGCCCUUCAGAUACAGAAUGCGUCAUUUCCAGACAUUCAUAACCAUUUUUUGAAUAUCUGGGACUGGGGUGGCGGUGACCAACAUCUUUUUGUUAGUCCGGCCGGAAAUUCCACGAGCCAGCUUAUACUCGUUGACGGCGUGAUCACUCUACCUUGGGACCCGCCUCGCCGCGCAGUCAUCAACGGGGAGUAUGAGGUGAAAGAUAAUACGACCAAAAUGUUCAUGACUGAACGUGGAGAUCCACGUGCUAUUUAUGAUGUUGUGUACGGGUGCAAUCCUGACACGGAUGCUUUGCAGACCGAACUAUCCUUCAAGUCUCGAGGAGAUUUGGAAAUAGGAGGAAAUAUCGGGGUUCGCCCGUUUAACGGCAUGUAUGACUUUCGAUGGACGCCUGCAGGAAAUACCGCAUAUGACGUGGACAGACCCUGGACAAAGGUGACUUUGGUUGUGAUUCAUUCUUGA